GAUGCAUACAAACAAAUAUAUAUUAAUAAUAUAGAUAUACAUAUUCAGAUUAGAUAAGCUUGUCCAUUUUACCUUGGCAUCCGAACCCCUCUCUGUAGUCUUGCGCGCAUCGUAAACCGAACCCUUCAGGUAUCUAGAUUCCUCUAUCCUCGGAAAUCAGAUGAUAAAGUUGUAAGGAUGAGACGUGAUUUCCCUGUAAGAUUUUACUGUCCAAUGUUUCUCACUUUCUAUACGGUUCCCAGUUUCUUUUCAUUUGGUUAUCUCAACCUUGUUAUGAGCUCUAGGUUUUGAUUGGUCGCUUUGCCGUUUAUGGAUCUCGGGUUGGUGAAGAGGGGCUUCGAUUUUUCUAAGAGGAGAAAGAAAUGGCUUAUUCUUCUUGCCGCUUUAGGCGUCUCCGGUUUUGGAGUUUACAAGGUCUAUCAUUUACCCUCUGUGAUCAAUAAGAGAAAGAGGCUGGUUAAGCUCCUUCGAGCCCUACUUUCCAUGGCUGAGAUGCUCGCGGAUUCGGCAGAGACAAUUGGUAUUGUCUCCAAGGACUUGAAGAAGUUUCUGCAAUCCGAUUCCGACCAAAUUCCUCAUAGUCUGAAGCAGGUUUCCAAAAUCGCGCGGUCAGAGGAGUUCUCGGAAUCGUUGGUUAGGGUUACGCAGGCUUUCACGGUUGGGAUUUUGCGGGGUUCCAAGUCCGAGGCGAUGACUGACAGGGAGCCCGAUACAGGUUCGGCGAAUUCGAGCUUUUCUGACAGGAUUUUGGAGAGGCUUUUCUCCACGGCGGGGGCCGGUUUUGCUUCAGUUGUUGUUGGAAGCUUUGCGAGGAAUCUGGUUUUGGGAUUUUACUCCAGUGGCGGACCCAUGGACGGUCCUAGUGUGUGCCAACCCGGUUCUAGCUUAUCAGACGAGCCCAGAUGGCUAAAUGUGGUCUGCUCUGAUAAAUGCAAAGAACUCAUAGCAAAUUGCAUUCAAGUUUUUGUAAGCAGGGCAGUUUCUGUUUAUCUAGACAAAACAAUGGAUAUUAACGUGUAUGAGGAGAUGUUUAGCGGAUUAACCAAUCCCAAGCAUCAAGACAAAGUGAGGGAUAUUCUGGUUACUGUUUGUAAUGGUGCGGUGGAGACACUUGUAAGAACAUCUCACCAAGUAUUGACGAGUUCAAGUUUGGGUUCAAAUUCUUCUUGCUCAAAUGUUGAUCAGAGCAUUAGUACAACUGCCAUCAACGAUGAGCGUUUUGAUCGAGAAGAAUCUUCAAAGCAGCUGAAAGUAGGGAAUUCGAUUUAUGGAACUCAGGAUUCUGGGUGGGUUGGCAAGGUUUCAUCUACAUUGGCAGUGCCCAGUAAUAGGAAGUUUGUGCUUGACGUGACUGGGAGGGUGACAUUUGAAACAGUGAGAUCCGUGGCGGAGUUUCUUUUUUGGAAGCUAUUAGAUGGCUUGAAAAAAAUUAUUGAUGUAGUUCAUGUGGAGGUUGUGGAGAGAGGGUUGGAAGUUAUCAGAUAUUUUGGUGCGAAGUCUUUUGUUAUCGCUAAUAUGUGUCUUGCUCUGUAUCUACAUGUUCUUGGUGGUAGCAGGGUUUUCUUGGCUGCUUAAUUCGAGGAGAUUCUCCUCCCCUAUAUAGAUCUUGUCAUGGAGAUUUCAACGACUGAGUGCUACAAUUGCUCCUCGAUACAGAUAGUUCCGGUGGAUUAGUUUUUUCUACAAUUUUCUAUUCGGAACAAUUCUACAGUUCGGAGACAGAUAUUCCAUCCAUUUUGUUAUAGACUCAAUACAUGAACCCACAAUAUUUAAUACUGGGAUCUACACAGCUCAUCACAGCAUUUUAAUGCUAUGAAGUCACCAUGUUACGACUACCACUCUGAAUUGUCAAGAAGCGUUUAGGAUAGUAAAUUAUUGGAAAUCUUCAUCGUAUUCUUGUAUGUGUAUCUUUGCUGCCCUUAAUUGAAAUGCAUUAGUGUGUU